UAGCGCAGAAAAUUGCGUUCAUCAGAAUCAAGACACAAUGCCGUUGCUUCACUCUCUUGCUACUUUCUUCCUCCUAACCUGGCUUUCCUCUUGGCAUGGUGAUACUGCAGGGGCACACGAAGUCACCUUCUACAUACACAACAAAUGCCCAUUUCCAAUAUGGCCAGCGACUGCGCCAAAUAAUGGCCAGCCAGUCAUAGCUGACGGUGGAUUUUACCUUCCUCCGGGCCAGACCCGCCGAGUCGUGGCUCCAUGGUCAUGGAGCGGCCGUAUCUGGGCCCGAACCGGGUGUAACUUCGCCGCCGGGAACUGGAGACCAGCCUGCGAAACCGGAGACUGUGACGGAAGGCUGGCCUGCAACGGCCUCAUAGGCACUCCACCGGCAACACUAGUCCAAGUGUCGCUUCAAGGUGACAGAGGCAGGCCCAACUUCUACGACGUGAGCCUGGUCGACGGCUAUAACAUCCCCGUCUCGAUCACUUCCAGAGUAAUAAACCCUAAAUGCAUCAUCCAAGGUUGCUCGAAGGAUCUCAAGAGGCUGUGCCCGGCGGAGCUUGAGGUGUUGAAUCGUGAAGGAGAGGUUGUGGCGUGCAAAAGCGCUUGUUUGGCUUUUGAUAACGACAUGUUCUGCUGUAGAAACCAAUUUGGAAGUGCAGAGAGGUGCAAGCCCAGUGUGUACUCCCAGAUAUUCAAAGAAGCAUGUCCGUGUUAUUAUAGCUAUGCCUUCGACAAUCCUCCUCCAUUGGUCAGCUGUUCGUCCUCUGAGUUUAUCGUCACGUUUUGUCCUUCAGGGUGGGGUUCCCAGGAGCACUCUUACGACAUGAUUUCCAUGUAGAAAUUAGCUUCUUCUAAUGGUUUAUUGACUUCUAUUGGCAUGUAUCAACCUCGUCAUUGAGUGUUCAUGGUAGUAAUAAGCAGGUGAAUCUAGGGUAUUUAAAA